AUCAACUCAAAUUCGAAACUCAAUUGAAAAUCUCAUCAUCUUCGUAGCUAAAGUGAUUCCGGCACACUCACACACAAAAUCUCGUUCUUCUUCUUCUUCUCCAAAAACCCUAGAUUUCUCGUAUCGCAAUCGAUCAGAAAACCCUAUUUCCCCCACAUUGACACACAAAAUCUUAGUUUUUCGAAAACCCUAAAUUAGUGUGUGUGUGUGUUUCUUAAAGAGUAAAGCAAAGAUGAGGAUUAUGAUAAAGGGAGGAGUAUGGAAGAACACGGAAGACGAGAUUUUAAAGGCGGCUGUGAUGAAGUAUGGGAAAAAUCAAUGGGCUCGUAUUUCUUCAUUGCUUGUUCGUAAAUCUGCUAAACAGUGUAAAGCUCGUUGGUAUGAAUGGCUAGAUCCUUCAAUUAAGAAGACUGAAUGGACUAGAGAAGAAGAUGAGAAACUACUUCAUCUUGCAAAGCUCAUGCCCACUCAAUGGAGGACAAUUGCACCAAUUGUUGGUCGCACACCAUCCCAGUGCCUUGAACGUUAUGAGAAACUUCUUGAUGCAGCUUGUACUAAGGAUGAGAACUAUGACCCUAAUGAUGAUCCGAGAAAAUUGAAGCCUGGAGAGAUUGAUCCUAAUCCGGAAUCCAAGCCUGCUCGUCCUGAUCCUGUUGAUAUGGAUGAGGAUGAGAAAGAAAUGCUCUCCGAGGCACGGGCUCGGUUGGCCAACACAAGAGGCAAGAAGGCUAAACGGAAAGCUAGAGAAAAGCAGCUUGAAGAGGCUCGAAGGCUUGCUUCUUUACAGAAGAGGAGAGAGUUGAAGGCUGCUGGAAUAGAUGCCCGUCAAAGGAAGAGAAAAAGGAGAGGAAUUGAUUACAAUGCUGAAAUUCCCUUCGAAAAGAAGCCUCCUCCAGGUUUCUAUGAUGUUACUGAGGAAGACCGUCCAGUAGACCAACCUAAGUUUCCAACUACCAUUGAAGAACUAGAAGGGGAAAGGAGAGUCGAUAAGGAAGCUCGUCUAAGAAAGCAGGAUAUUGCAAGGAAUAAAAUUGCAGAAAGGCAGGAUGCCCCUACAGCCGUAUUGCAUGCGAACAAACUUAAUGAUCCAGAAGCAGUGAGGAAGAGGUCGAAACUGAAUCUUCCUGCACCACAGAUUCCCGACCAUGAAUUGGAGGCCAUAGCAAAGAUAGGAAUUGCCAGUGAUUUAAUUGGGGGAGAUGAACUCUCUGAAGGGAAUGCUGCAACACGCGCUCUUCUUGCAAAUUAUGCCCAGACACCACAGCAUGCAAUGACUCCUAUGCGAACACCUCAGAGAACUCCUUCAACUAAGCAUGACGCCAUUAUGAUGGAAGCAGAAAAUCAAAGGAGAUUAACAGAGUCUCAGACACCUUUACUUGGUGGCGACAAUCCUUUGCUGCACCCCUCAGAUUUCUCGGGUGUCACUCCUAGGAAAAGGGAAGUUCAAACACCAAACCCACUCUUAACUCCUUCAGCGACUCCUGGAGCCACUCCUGGAGCCAUGAGCCUUACUCCCAGACUUGGCAUGACACCAUCAAGGGAUUCUUAUGGCAUGACACCCAAAGGAACUCCCAUGAGGGAUGAGCUACGCAUUAAUGAAGAAAUGGAUAUGCACAAUAAUGCUAAACUUGGGCAGUUCAAUUCAAAAAGAGAAUUGCUUUCUGGUUUGAAAGGCCUUCCUCAGCCUAAGAAUGAGUACCAGAUAGUCGUCCAGCAACCUCCUGAAGAAAAUGAAGAACCAGAAGAGAAGAUUGAAGAAGACAUGUCUGAUAGGAUUGCUAGGGAGAAGGCUGAAGAAGAAGCAAGGCAACAAGCUUUACUCCGGAAAAGGUCAAAAGUAUUGCAAAGGGAGCUCCCUAGACCUCCCGUUGCUUCAUUAGAACUAAUAAGAAGUUCCUUAAUGAGAGCUGAUGAAGACAAGAGCUCCUUUGUUCCUCCUACACUAAUUGAGCAGGCUGAUGAAAUGAUUAGAAAGGAACUUGUGUCUUUGCUAGAACAUGAUAAUACCAAAUAUCCUCUAGAUGAAAAAGCAGAGAAGGAGAAGAAAAAAGGGGCCAAGCGAAAAGUGGUUGUUGAACCUGCUAUUGAGGAUUUUGAGGAAGAUGAACUAAAAGAGGCUGAUGGAUUGAUCAAGGAUGAGGUUCAGUUUCUUCGUGUGGCAAUGGGACAUGAGAAUGAAUCUCUUGAUGAAUUUGUCGAAGCACACAAUACAACUUUGAAUGAUAUCAUGUACUUCCCUACCCGGAAUGCUUAUGGUCUCUCAAGUGUUGCGGGAAACAUGGAAAAGCUGGCUGCUUUGCAGUAUGAGUUUGAGAAUGUGAAGAAGAAAAUGGAUGAUGACACUAAGAAAGCAACAAAACUUGAGCAGAAGAUCAAAGUUCUUACUAAUGGAUAUCAGAUGCGAGCUGGAAAACUUUGGUCACAGAUUGAGACAGCCUUUAAGCAAAUAGACACAGCAGGGACAGAGCUUGAGUGCUUCCGAGCAUUACAAAAACAAGAGCAGCUAGCAGCAACACAUAGGAUCAAAAAUCUGUGGGAAGAAGUUCAGAAGCAAAAGGAGCUUGAGCGUAUCUUACAGAAAAGGUAUGGUGACCUUAUAGCAGAUAAGGAAAAGAUCCAGCAUCUCAUGGAUGAGUAUAGAAAACAAGCUCAAAUGCAGGAAGAAAUUGCAGCAAAAAAUCGGGCUCUUGAGUUGGCCAAGGCAGAAAAGGAGAGUGUACCAUCCGCUGCUGAUGUGGAAUCUUCAGGUACCGGCCAGUGCUCCAAUACAGAGGAAAAUCUUGCUUCUGCCUCUCAUGUACCAUCGGCUACCAUGGAAGCUGAUGAUGUGCAUAUGGAGCCUUCAGGUACCGACCAGUGCUCUAAUGCAGAGGAAAAUUCUGCCUCUGCCUCUGAUGUACCAUCUGCUUCUAUUGAAGCUGAUGCUGUGCAUGUGGAGCCUUCAGGUACCGGCCAGUGCUCCAAUGCAGAGGAAACUUCUGCUUCUGCCUCCCUUGAUGCAACUCUUCAGGAUGUAAAGGGACAGGUGAAAAAGGGUGACGACUCCACAAUGGAUGUUGAAGCUAUAAGUGACCGUGUACCUACGGAGGGUCAGAAAAACCUAGUAGAAGAGAGUAAUGGGGAUGGUACUAAAACAGAAGACUCGAUUAUGGAGGGUCAGCAAAACCUAGUUGAAGAGGGUAACAGGGAUGUUACUAAAACCAAAGACUCUGGAGUAGUAGCAGGUGAUAGGGAGGCUGAUCCUGCGGACUUGUAAGGUUCUACUAAAAAAGUGGUUAUUGGUUCACUAGUUUUAUAAUCCUGUUUCCAUACAUUUUUGUAACCAAGUUUUGCUUCAUUUCAAGAAUGUCUUGUAUGGUUGGAUGAGAAUUCGAAAUUGUCAAAUUUGAACUGUGGUUUAGCUGCC